AUGGCAUCCAUGUUCAGCUUUGGAUUUUCCGGCGACGACAUCGAGGAUGACAUCGACAUCAACAUCGACAGUGCAGAGGUACACUACAACACCACCUCGACAAUCCUCCCUGAUUUAUUUCCUGCCGAAAAGCAUUUAUUCGAAGAAUGGGCAUCAUCACUACCGUCUCAAAUCGCAUAUAACACAUUAAAACUAGAAAACCCAGAGAGUACUGAACAGCCCCUGCGUCUCGGCAGAAGAGAGCUUUUCGACGUUCGCACCCAGCUCAUGGCCGAAGAUGCGCCUGGGCAUGAAGAGCUGGUCUCGGGACUGGAGCAGGGAGACCUAAAACCGACUUUCUACGAGGGUGGGUUUAAGACCUGGGAAUGCGCGCUUGAUCUUGCCAGGCUCGUGGCGAUGGAGCAGCAUUUGCAGUAUCUCGACGCUAAUGUCUUGAAUGAGGAUGAGAGGAAGGAGGAGAGGGGGUUGCAUGUUGUCGAAAUGGGCUGUGGCACUGCGGUGCCUUCUCUCGCGCUGUUUGCGCGGCUGCUGAGGGCUAAUGAUGGGAAGAGUGUGCGGUUUACGUUGGCGGAUUACAACUCUACGGUCCUGCGGAUGGUCUCGUUGCCGAAUCUGUUGUUGACUUGGUGGUUGAAUACGACACACGGCGAGAUGGAUGAGAAACCAGACGAGGGCGAACUAGACAUCGACGCCACGCUUCUCGAUGCCUUCCGUGCUGAUGUUUUGCAGCGAGGAAUCGUUGUUGAUUUUGUGUCGGGGGCAUGGUCGCCGGAACUCACUGCUCUCGUCUUGAACGAUAGCACGGCAACUGAUACGCUGGUGCUGGCCAGCGAGACGAUAUACUCGCCCUCUUCCCUCGGUGCGUUUUCCGAGACAUUGAUGUGUAUUCUGCGUAGGGCCGGGAAGAGUCGGUCCCUGGUUGCAGCGAAGAAAGUGUAUUUUGGCGUUGGAGGCGGGAUUGAUGAGUUCCUGUCUGUUCUGCACCAGCAGCCGCUGCAGGCGGGGGAGCGCGUUGAUGUGCAGAGGAGGAGAGAGAUUAGCUCAGAGGGUGUGGGGAGGAUAGUUUUGGAGGUGAGCAUUCACGAUACGACGGAAACUAAAUAG